AUAUUUCCUUUGUUUUUAAUAUAAUACAGUCUAUUUGACCCUCGUCUUCAUUCCUAUAUAAACAUACUAUAGUAAACUAUCAUGUUGGAAUUGGCUAUAUCUGCUAUUCAGGCAAUUUUACAAGUAAUAAUCAUAGUCUUUACUGGAGCUUUCUUGUCAAACAAAGGUUAUAUAGACAAUGAUAAACAAAAGUGGCUUUCUAAACUAAACCUUGUCUUUUUUACUCCAUGUUUACUGUUCUCUAGUAUAGCAUCAGUCAUGUCAUUUAAUAAAUUAUUAGAUUUUUGGCCAAUACCCGUAUUUUAUAUCAUGUUCACUUCAAUUUCUUGGAUACUCUGCAGAGCGGCUUCCCCCAUUUUUGGCAUUGAUAACUAUCAUAAACCCUUUGUUAUAGCUUGUUCUAUCUUCAAUAAUGCAAAUUCUUUACCAGUUGCAAUUAUUUCAAGUCUAGCAGUUUCAGAGGCAGGAAAAACUUUAUUUUGGGGUUCAAAUGAUAGUCAAAAAAUGGCAUCUGCACGUGGCAUAUCAUAUACUCUGUUCUUUGGGCUUUUUUCUAAUCUCUUAAGAUGGUCUUACGGUUAUAAUUUAUUAAAAAAGAGUGAAGGAGAUGAUAAAACAGAAGAGGAUGAUAAAUCAAAUAUAAAUUCAAACUAUGGUUCUACUACAUAUUCAUCAGAAAAUAACAAUAGACAGGCCUCUUCAUCGUCAUCCUCUUCUGAGUCUUCUAGUACUUUAUCAUAUAAUAGUAAUAAAUACCAAGAUUUAGAAAACAAUACCAAUGACCGUAAUCGACCUAAAAAGGACCGAAAAUCUUAUCCUAAUAAUAAUAAGAAUGAUGAAGACAAUCGACUUUUAGGAAAAUGUACCGAUGAUGGCCAACAAAAAGGUACUAAAAAUUUAUCCAUCAUUUAUUGGAUCAAAUCGAUGGCUCAGAAAUACAUGUCACCUCCUCUUUAUGCCGCUUUAUUGGCGUUAUUUGUUGGACUCUGCCCACCUAUCAAAAAUCUUCUUUAUAGCGAAGAUCAAUUUUUAUACGCUUCCCUAACCAAAGGCAUUGAAUCGUGCGGUAAAGCAUCAGUUCCACUUGUCCUUAUCUGUCUUGGUGCUCAGUUGAAAACAAUUCGAGAAACGCAACCAAAGAGUCGUCCACAGCAUAGACGACCCGUUGCCUUAAGUAUCUUUAUUCGUAUGUUAUUAGCGCCCAUCUGUGUCCUUUCGAUUAUAUUUGUCUUUGCUAAAUGGGGCUCACGCUGGUCAAAGUUAGCAGAGGAUCCUAUGUUUAUUGUCUGUAUGAUCAUCGUAGGCUGUACACCCACUGCUAUUAACUUGGCUCAAAUUACUCAGGUGAAUAAUGUUUAUGAAGAGGAAAUGUUAAAUGUUCUCUUUUGGAGUUAUGCGGUUAUUUGUGUCCCUGUUUGUACAUUUAUUGUCUUUUUAGCACUUUACAUGGUAAAACAGAUGAAGUAAAUAAAUCAGGACAAAUAUAACCAUCAUCAAUUGUCACUAAGCGUAAUUAGCUUUGUAAUUUCUCUGUAUAUUCUGGUUGAGAUUUAUUCAUAGCUGGUAUUUAGUUAUUCUAUUUUCAAAUUUACAUUAUCCAUCCUAUUUCCUAAUAAACAACAGGCUUGCAUAUU